CAGCCCAGCCUGGAGCGAGCGCAGCCUCGUGCCCGCCGCCCGUGCCCGCUGCCGCCGCCGCCCGUGCCCGCCGCCCGCCGCCCGUGCCCGCCGCCCCCGGGGCAUGGCCUGUCUGAUGGCAGCUUUCUCAGUCGGCACCGCCAUGAAUACCAGCAGUUACUCCACAGCCAUGACAGAGCCCAAGUCCGUGUGCGUCUCGGUGGAUGAGGUGGUCUCCGGCCACACGGAAGCCUCCGAGACGGACCUGCUGAACGGACAUCUGAAAAAGGUGGACAACAACCUCACGGAGGCCCAGCGCUUUUCUUCCCUGCCGCGCAGGGCAGCCGUGAACAUCGAGUUCAAGGACCUCUCCUACUCAGUCCCGGAAGGACCCUGGUGGAGGAAGAAAGGCUACAAGACCCUCCUGAAAGGGAUUUCCGGGAAGUUCAACAGCGGGGAGCUGGUGGCCAUCAUGGGGCCCUCUGGGGCUGGGAAGUCCACGCUCAUGAACAUUCUGGCUGGGUACAGGGAGACAGGCAUGAAGGGCGCCAUCCUCAUCAACGGCCUGCCCCGGGACCUGCGCUGCUUCCGGAAGGUGUCCUGUUACAUCAUGCAGGACGACAUGCUUCUGCCACACCUCACGGUGCAGGAGGCCAUGAUGGUGUCCGCACAUCUGAAGCUCCAGGAGAAGGACGAAGGCAGGAGGGAGAUGGUCAAAGAGAUCCUGACGGCUCUGGGCUUGUUGUCUUGUGCCAACACACGGACUGGGAGCCUCUCGGGCGGCCAGCGGAAGCGCCUGGCCAUCGCCCUGGAGCUGGUGAACAACCCCCCCGUCAUGUUCUUUGAUGAGCCCACCAGUGGGCUGGACAGUGCCUCCUGCUUCCAGGUGGUCUCCCUGAUGAAAGGGCUGGCUCAAGGAGGGAGGUCCAUCAUCUGUACCAUCCACCAGCCCAGUGCCAAGCUCUUCGAACUCUUCGACCAGCUUUAUGUCCUCAGUCAAGGACAAUGUGUGUACCGGGGAAAAGUCUCAAAUCUUGUACCGUAUUUGAGGGAUUUAGGUCUGAACUGCCCAACCUACCACAACCCAGCUGAUUUUGUCAUGGAGGUCGCGUCCGGUGAAUACGGCGAUCAGAACGGCCGCCUGGUGAGAGCCGUCCGGGAGGGCAUGUGUGACUCCGACCACAGGAGAGAGCCUGGGGGGGAUGCCGAGGUGAACCCUUUUCUUUGGCACCGGCCCUCUGAAGAGGUAAAGCAGGCAAAACGAUUGAAGGGGUGGAGAAAGGACUCCACCUCCAUGGAGGGCUGCCACAGCUUCUCAGCCAGCUGCCUCACCCAGUUCUGCAUCCUCUUCAAACGGACUUUCCUCAGUAUCAUGAGGGAUUCGGUCCUGACGCACCUGCGGAUCACAUCUCACAUUGGAAUCGGCCUCCUUAUCGGCCUCCUGUACCUGGGGAUUGGGAACGAAGCCAAGAAGGUCCUGAGUAACUCUGGCUUCCUCUUCUUUUCCAUGCUGUUCCUCAUGUUCGCCGCCCUCAUGCCCACUGUUCUCACGUUUCCCCUGGAGAUGGGAGUAUUUCUUCGGGAACACCUGAAUUAUUGGUACAGCCUGAAGGCCUACUACCUAGCCAAGACCAUGGCCGACGUGCCUUUCCAGAUCAUGUUCCCAGUGGCCUACUGCAGCAUCGUGUACUGGAUGACGUCACAGCCGUCCGACGCCGUGAGGUUCGUGCUGUUCGCCGCGCUGGGCACCAUGACGUCCCUGGUGGCACAGUCCCUGGGUCUGCUCAUCGGAGCCGCAUCCACAUCCCUGCAGGUGGCGACCUUCGUGGGACCCGUGACGGCCAUCCCUGUGCUCCUCUUCUCGGGGUUCUUCGUCAGCUUCGACACGAUCCCGGCCUACCUGCAGUGGAUGUCGUAUAUCUCCUACGUCAGAUACGGGUUUGAAGGGGUCAUCCUGUCCAUCUACGGGCUGGACCGAGAGGACCUGCACUGUGGCAUCGAUGAGACAUGCCACUUCCAGAAGUCGGAGGCCAUCCUGAGGGAGCUGGACGUGGAGGACGCCAAGCUCUACCUGGACUUCAUCGUUCUGGGUAUUUUCUUCAUCUCCCUGCGCCUCAUCGCCUAUUUCGUCCUGAGAUACAAAAUCCGGGCAGAGAGGUAAAAACACCAGAGUGCCAGGAGACACGGACGUAGACAUCGCGGCCCAGGACCCCUUGUAGAGCCGCAGAGACCGCUGCCGCCCAGACCCCGGCAGCAUGCUCGGGCCGCGGGCAUCGUGCUGCCCGUCCGCGCCCAGCCAGCUCGGCGCCUCUCUCCAUCUCCCUUUCUGGCUU